AUGAACAGUUUGUGGUUUGCUUUCGCGUCUUGUACGUUGGUUGGUAGUGAAUCGGUGACGGCAUCGAUUGAUUGCAGUUCUGGUUCUCCGGAUGUUGUGGGGGGUGUGACUAGUGUGAGUGCGAGUGAGUGCAAAUUGUUGUGUGAAGAGAAUUGUGUGUCAGUCAGUACGAGUGAUGAGUUGGAGGACUGUUUGACUAACUCGGCGUUGAAGGGUUGUUUAUAUCGAGUUGGAAAUGCUCGGGAGCAUAGCGUUCGAUAUUGUCUGAAUGCAACGUCGGCGACAGUGAUUGUAGCUAAGUUUGCGGGUGAAGAUUUGUAUGAGGUGGGUGAUGGCUCGGAUGUUCAGGAUGUGACCGUGGCCCUUGAACUCACGGACGCGACCCUGUUCAAGUCAUGUGCUAAUAAGAACGCAAAGAUCGGACUAAGCACUGAACCGUUUGAACAAUCGGUCUGCAAUUACGGGGGUAAUCCUACCAUCAGUUCCGCUUUCAGUGUCUCGAGCAACCUCAUGCUCUUCUCCGUUAAGGAGGCCCUUAACGGACUCUGGGGCUCCAAGGAUGACGUCGUAGUUAUGAUGGAACUCGAAGACGGGGCCUGCGGCACACCUGUUAUCACUGAUGCUAAUGCAUACUUCGCUAUGUCCUACCAGUCAGGUUACAUCGACACGUCCGUUUGCUCGGAAAUACAAGACUGCUACUCAUGCAAAGCCUCAGGAUGCCACUGGUGCAGCUGGAACGGCGUAGUCAACACCGUCCUACCCGACUGGCUACCCGACUGGGACUGGGUUAACAGCGCCAAAAACGGCGUCAACGGCAAAUGUGGACUCAAUUCCGCUCUAUGCAAAAUCUCCGCUGGCUCGUACGACACGUGCGGCGCCCCCACUGCCCUCAGUACCAGUCUCCUACUCGGCACGGCCUUGGGCACGCUCUUCCUCACCACCAUUUAG